UUGUAAUUUGGAUUUUUGGAUACGAGUUAUGUGCAAAUAUUUUUCUUACAAAUUAGAAGACGUAUAUUAUUGCAUGAUUCAGUAUGAAUUAAAUUGAUUAUUUUAAUAUUGUAAGGAAUAGGCUGUCAAUUUAUAGUGAAGCUGUUGGCAAGUACUCUGAAUUUCAUAGAUCACAGAUGUCACAAAUUGUGACUGCUAAUGAAUUGUAACUGAACGUUUCAGUUUUACAACUUUGCUUUUUACUUUCUUUUGGGGGAAAGAUGCUUCAUGGAAAACACGUCAUGGUCCGUGUUGGUGGAGGCUGGGAUACUCUUCAAGGAUUUUUGCUUAAAUAUGAUCCCUGUCGCAUAUUGCAGUUUGCUACACUAGAACAAAAAAUUCUAGCAUUUCAAAAAGGAGUUGCUAAUGAAAGUAUACCUGAUUCAUCUGCCAGAACACCUCAGCUUCCUGAAAUGAAUCCUUUGUCAGCAGUUAGCAUGUUUCAGAAACAAAAAUCAAAACCUGGCACACCAGUUGGUAUUCCAAGGAGCAAAGAAAAGCAGACAUGUCCACCGGCUGAGCUGCUGCCAGCAUCUUCCCCAAAAGGAGGGAAUCUGGGCUCCGUGUCAGUCCGUCCUAAAUUGCCAAAUACUCCAGCAGUGUCUUCUCAUCUUAAGCUCAAAUCUUCAAAAGGCAUAGUAAAGAAACCACCAGUGCCUUCAAACAAUGCAUCGUCUUCACUUCCUUCUUUAAAUCCAGUAGGUAAAAGUACUUCUUCACCAGCUUCAUCCAGAACUGCACCUAAAUGCAUCUCAUCACCCAGUACUCCUAAGGUCAAGCUUACUAUGGCCCAGAAGCCCAGAGAUGUGCCUGAGUCUGCACUUUUGCCAAAUAAAUCUGGAAAAACUGAACCAAAGCAUUUGAAACAUACUCAUGUAUCUUCCAGGGAUAAUGCAGUAUCUCACUCGGCUGCACAUUCAGAUUCAUCAUCAAAGGGUCCAAAGCUCCCUAAAGCAAAUAUCCAUGUAAGGCCUAAACCUUCCCCUUCAUUCCAUUCCCCUACAAAAGUUACAAAAUCUAGUUCCAAAACUACAACCGCAGGUCUAGGAACACGGUGUCAGCCAUCUGAUGGAGCCCCACAAGCAAGAGCAAUGCCAACACAGAAACUUAAGUCAGCCUUGAAUUUAAAGCAGCCACUCUCGGUAUCCUCAGUUGUGCCUGCAAAAGCUGCACAGGAAUCGAAAGAUAAGAAUAUGGUUUCAGUUGCCAAAAAGCAGCCUCAAAAUAAAAGUACAUCCCAGAAGAUAGGACCCAGCUCCUCGAAGUCCCCUGGCCGUACCCCGCUGUCCAUCGUGAGUCUUCCCCAGUCCUCAGUCAAGACACAGACUGUACCAAAGUCAGCACAGACUGCCACUAAGAGCCAGUAUUUAGCUAAAGGGCUUCCAAAAAGUGCCAAAGCCCCAGCCUCAACCAGGAAACCACCCUCAUCUGGCAAGGAAGCAGUUGGCGGCGAUAAAAAACAUACUGCAAAGAAAAAGGAAGAUGAUGACCAUUAUUUUGUUAUGACUGGAAGUAAGAAACCUAGAAAGUAAACACAAAUGUGUCAUUUUAAGAAAACAGGAAAGUCAAAGAGUGAAUGUAUUAGCAUCACAUCUUAAAAAUUUCUCCUGUUUGUCCAAAUAGGUUCAGACAUUAGGCACAGUAAGAUGGGGGUUGGAGGUUGGGGAUGGAGGUGGAAGGUGCAUCAGAAUUCACAUUUCUGAAUUCACCAGAAGGUACCCUUUUGAGGCAGACAGUUGUAAAAUUGCUAUAAGGUUCUUAUUAAUAAUAGACAUUUAUAUGAUUUUCAAUUCAUAGCAUCUUUGUUAAUGUCUGCCCUUUAAGGGAAAUGUAGAGUUAAAUAACACUACUAGAGUUAUAAUUAUAGUUGCUAUAUUUUUUAAUGUGUAUUAAAUAUGGAGGUUACAUACUGGCUAAUGGCAACAGUGGUGCUCUAAAUAUUAAUUAUUGCAUCUUAAAAUUAGCAACGGUUUGGCAUUUUUCUUACAAAAGACACCUAAUUUAAUUGUUUGAUCAGGAUUGCCUGAUUGAACAAUACUAAGUACCAGUGGCUGCUGCUGUUGAUUAGCUGGACGUUAUUCUAGGGUUGGUAGAAUCCUAUUACUUAAAAUUUUUCAAGCUUUCCAAAUCAGGUUUUUGAUUUUUGACUGGCUUAUUUUAAUAUUGGUAAUAUUUUAUUAUAUUUUUGGUAAAAAAUUUGUAAUAUUUUUGGUAAAAAAACACAAAAUAUUGAAAUAUAAACUGAAAUUUGGUAAAAAAACAAGACAUUAUAAAAUGUACACCUCUUUUAGAUGGGUGUUGUGCAAUGUGAAAGGGGAAACUGAUUUAGUAACUUUUAGCAUAUUAAAAAUAUUUUUAUUAUAGUUUCCUAUGAGUGCAGAUACGAAUUUUUACUUUAACAUAAUGUUUUAACAUCAGAAUUAUGUUUUAACAGCCUUAAAAUUAAGGUGUUAUUAAAGAAUCUUAUGGUGGUGCUAUAUAAAAAUUCUCUCAUGUGAUUGUUAUUUUUCUUUAGAUAGCACAAUGCCAAUUUUAAGUAGAUCCUUUCAAUUACAUUAUUUUUUUUUUUAAUAAUGUCAUGCUGCUUUCAGUUUUUCAAUGGCAAGUGGACAGUACAUGUGCGGCAUUUUGGGCUCUGUAAGCAGAUUCUCCAAGGAACAUAUCCACAUCAUGUAAUGACCGCAUAGGUUCCAUUGAUCUAAGAUAAAUGUAAAUAAUUUUUCAAGGGAUUGUGACUAUUUAAAAAAAGUAUUAAUGUACUUUCAGAAGUUUGGGGGGUGUGCUUAUGAACUUUAUAGUGUUAUCAGUUAUCAUAGGUUAUUGUUUUCAAAAUUGUGGUUUGUAUUUCCCUAUUUUAAGCUAGAAUGUGUUGUCUAAAGAAAAAUAAUGGUUUAUACAAAGGUGCAAUUAUAAGAUAAGCAUCUUAAGUUGACUACUAACAUUCUACAGAUUAUAAAGCAAGAAAACUUUGUAUAAAAUGAAGUGACCUUUUGUCUGAGGAAUAUAGUUAAAAUCAGAGAUAUAUGCCGGCUCAUUUUUGGAAUAAUUGAUGUUUCUCUUCUUACAAGAGACAGUCACCAAAUAUUUGGUUUCGUUCUGUUGCUCUGGGCCUUGAGAGGGAAUAUUUACGUCUUUGGAAAGUGAAAUCAAGUUCAAGAAGUGCUGGAAGCUUUACAUUUUUAGUGAUCGGAAAUAUUUAAUGUAUCUGUCAACGAGGAAGAAUUUUACCUUCAAGAAGGAGUUUAUUUCCUCAUAAGGUCAAAGAAUUCUUCUCUAUCAGUAACUUCUAGAACUUAAAAAAAAUAUGAUAUUACAACCAACCUAUGAAUCCAAGUAAAUUUUACAGUAUGUAAACGGUAACUUUUGUGUUGAGAGUAAUCAGGAAUAAAAGCAUCCCACAGGCAUCUGGCACAAAUUCCAAGAAUUUUGUUGUUGUUGUUGUUAAAUUGGAAGUUAAUUUACAAAUGGCCCUGUUCGUCAUCAGUAGGGAAUUUUUCCAGUCAUGUUCAUCUUGAAUGAAUUUUUAUUUAUAUAUAGCUUACCCUUCCAACAUAAAGAUUUUUUAAAAUAAGCAACAGCUGAAAGAUACUUUCUUCAAAUAUAUUUUGAAAUGCUUUUAAAGAACUGGUGUUUCUAAUCAUUUUCACAGUUUUUAAAAUACAAUAUCGAAGGUGGAAAGUUUUCAUUUCUUCUUACUCAUAAUACAAGGUUUUAAAAGAUUUUUCAUAUUUCAUAUUUAAUAAAAUGAGUAUUAAGCUUAAAUUGUUAAAGCACCUGGCAGAAGAAAUAGCAUGUAUUUUCAAAAAAGGAUGGAAUGAGUUUUUAUUUUUCUUUGCUAUAAUUUGUUAACAUGACUGAUACAUCAAACUGAUCUUCAAAGGAAAAUGAAAUGCUGAUCAUUUUUAGAUUGUUUGGGCUUACAGCAGUUGUUUAAGAUUUAUGUCUUCAAAAUACCUUGAUAAAUUAAGUGACCUCUAACUUUCCUUUCCAUAUUGAGUUUACAAUUCUUAAUGGAUAAGGGAAAUUUUUUGAGAAAAAAUUGCUCUUCCUUCUGUAAUCUAUUUAUCUCUACCUGAUUUUAAAAUCUAUUAGUCUUAAAGCCCUCAAUGAUAAGUGGUUAUUAUACAUUUGUACAUCCAGGUUCACAUAUGACUCCAUUUGAAUCCAAAUUUGUGCACAUUUUCUUGUGCAGCAGUGUUUGUAUCAGAUUUUAACUUAUAUUUUCUCAAGUAUUAAAAUUUAAA